CUCUCUCCCCACCCUCCUCCUCCUCCCUUCUUUCCAAAUAUGCUUUUUGCAAGUUUUGAUCUCGUCUCGGCACUGGCUACCCUCGCCGCGUGCUUGGUGUCACUGACUUUGCUGCUGGCCGUGUCCCAACAGCUGUGGCAGCUCCGCUGGGCUGCCACCCGCGACAAAACCUGCAAGCUACCAAUCCCCAAAGGCUCCAUGGGAUUCCCUUUAAUCGGAGAGACCUUCCACUGGCUCCUGCAGGUUUUCUCCAAGAUUUUCAGCCACGAAGCUCUGGAGAGUUACCUCCCCAAGAUCCAGCUGGUGAUCAAGGACACCCUCCGGGCCUGGAGCAGCAACCCCGAGUCCAUCAACGUGUACCACGAGACGCAGAAGCUCACGUUCCGCAUGGCCAUCCGCGUCCUGCUGGGAUUCCGCAUCCCGGACGAGGAGCUCGGCCGCCUCUUCGAGGUCUACCAGCAGUUCGUGGAAAACGUCUUCUCCCUGCCCGUGGAUCUGCCCUUCAGUGGCUACAGGAGGGGAAUCCGGGCCCGGGAAACUCUGCAGAAGGGGCUGGAAAAAGCCAUCCAGGAGAAGCUGCAGAACACGCAGGGCAAGGACUACGCUGAUGCCCUGGAUAUCCUGAUAGAGAGUGGGAAGGAGCACGGCAAGGAGCUGACCAUGCAGGAGCUGAAGGACGGCACCCUGGAGCUGAUCUUCGCCGCCUACGCCACCACGGCCAGCGCCAGCACCUCCCUGAUCAUGCAGCUCCUCAAACACCCGCGGGUGCUGGAGAAGCUGCGGGAGGAGCUGCGGAGCAAAGGGAUCCUGCACAACGGCUGCAUCUGCGAGGGCUCCCUGCGCCUGGACAACAUCAACGGCCUCCAGUACCUGGACUGCGUCAUCAAGGAGGUCCUGAGGCUCUUCACGCCCAUCUCCGGCGGGUACCGGACCGUGCUGCAGACCUUCGAGCUGGACGGUUUCCAAAUCCCCAAGGGCUGGAGCGUGAUGUACAGCAUCCGGGACACCCACGACACCGCCCCCGUCUUCAAGGACGUGGACGUCUUCGACCCCGACCGCUUCGGGCAGGGCCGGAGCGAAGACAAGGACGGCAGGUUCCACUACCUCCCCUUCGGAGGAGGCGUACGGACCUGUCUGGGCAAGCACCUGGCCAAGCUCUUCCUCAAGGCCCUGGCCAUCGAGCUGGCCAGCACCAGCCGCUUCGAGCUCGCCACCAGGACUUUCCCCAAAAUCACCCUGGUGCCCGUGGUCCACCCUGUUGACGGACUCAAGGUCAAAUUCUUCGGACUGGAUUCCAACCAGAACGAGAUCCUGACGGGCACAGACGCCAUGCUGGGGGCCACCGUGUAAAUC